CAUAGAAACUGGUGUUCUGUUUUUGCCAUUGCAGAUGGUUGUAGACUAAACACUUUGUCCACCUCAGAUGUCAUUAGCCUCUGUUCAGUGAGGUCUUGGUCUACCUGGGUGAGUUAUUCAAUGUUGUGCGUGAGCAGGAAAGGGUGUGAGAGGUUUUGAAGUGGUCUGAAGAGGAGAAACAUGAAAGACCUUUGUGAACUGGUUGCCUCGGAUGCAGUGACACUGUCUCACACAAACAACCAGGCGUAUACACCAAAGCAUUUUAACAUCACAGGGAAACAGGCUGUUUGGAGCAUGUCAGAGGGUUUACAGUGUGUGCCUGCAGCAUUCACCUAUAGUUAGCACAAAAUUACACGGGAAGGAAAAUUCAUUAGAAAAUCAUUAGUGACAUUUGUCUUUUUUUCUGUCUUUGUAAGCACUUUAUUUGUUAAGACAUUUCCUUGUUGGUCUUUUUUUCCUUAUUGUACAUACCAGCGAAUUUCGAGAUCUAUUGUAAUGUUUAAGCACCUGAAUGCAUGAUGGGGAAAUAAGUCUGCAUUAAGUUGAGGCUCCAGAGUUCAUACAUGUGUAAGGCUAAACGUUGUUUAUUUGGCAGUGCCCUUUGGACCCAGACAGACUGGUCAGUAGGGUUCUGCCUGUCUGUGGUUUAGUUAUUGUUGCUUAAUUAUUGUUGUGUAGAAUUUGUCAUCAACUUCUCAUAUAUACUUUACUGGAUGAUAAAUAUCUGCUUUACAGGUUUAUAAGGUAUUAAAUUAAACACAACACACAAACAGGUGGUGAUAGAUUUGACUGCCUUUUUCCAGACCUGUGUAAUCCGCCCGUCUCACAGCAGGUGACGCCGUCGAGCACAGCAGCCGCCUGUGAUGUAACACACCAUCGCCAAGAGAAGAAGAAUAACAAAAGCAGCCGCAGACUUUCGGGGCAGUUACACAUCAUCUGCUCCCUCUGUGUUUGUUUUAGCUCCAAUCUAGAAAAAUGUAACUGGAACCAAAGAGGGUUUUGCCGUCUGGAGGCCUGUGCGGAGAAGCAGCUUGUCAGAAAGUAACGUUGUUACUGUUUUCAGACGUGUUUUUGUGUGUGUGAAUUCGGCAGCUAAGCUAGCUCUGAGGUUAGCUCUUCUUCAGCUGGCUCGUCAGCGUCUGACAGACGGGGAUAAUCAGCCGGUGUUUACCGUCCACAUUAACCUUACUCCUCUUCCUCAGCCUGCCCGGUGCUGAUUAUCAGAGAUGGGAAGUCUCAGCAGCAGGUUCCAGUCCCCCUCUCAGGGCCCAGAGGAGGCUGCAGAGGGCACAAGUACCAGCCGCAAACACAGCUGUGAGUGUAAAAAGAGGAAAAGAAAUGCCCAGUGUGACUGCGACAGUGAACAAGAGGAGGAUGACGCCAUACUAGAUACACCUCGCAGGAAGAAACUGAAAAGCACGUCGAGGUACAUCUAUCAGACAUUGUUCUUGAAUGGUGAAAACAGUGACAUUCGUAUCUGUGCUCUGGGACAGGAGUGGAACCUCCACAAAGUGUACCUGUGCCAGUCAGGAUAUUUCUCCAGUAUGUUCAGUGGCUCUUGGAAGGAGUCCAACAUGAUGGAAAUCAACUUAGAGAUCCCAGACCAGAACAUCGACACCGAAGCUCUACAGGUGGUAUUUGGAUCCCUGUACCGGGAUGAUGUUCUGAUCAAGCCCAGCAGAGUCGUCAGUAUUCUUGCUGCUGCUUGUAUGCUACAACUGGAUGGUUUGAUCCAGCAGUGUGGAGAGACGAUGAAGGAAAACAUCAGUGCAAAGACUGUGUGUGGCUACUAUGCUUGUGCCAGUAUCUAUGGCUUGGAUUCAGUCAUGAAAAAGUGUCUUGAGUGGCUUCUGAACAACCUGAUGACCCACCAAAAUGUCGACCUGAUGAAAGAACUUGGAGCAGAGGUGAUGGAGCAGCUCAUUCAGUCCUCUGACCUGUUUGUCAUGCAGGUGGAAAUGGAUGUGUACACUGCUCUGAAAAAGUGGAUGUUUCUGCAGCUCAACCCAUCGUGGGAUGGCCCCAUUAAGCAGCUUCUGGCCGACGCUGAUGCCUGGCUCUGCAAACGCAGGACGGACUUGUGUGAGAAAGAGCCCUUCCUGAGCACAGAUGAAGGUGUACCUUUUCGUUCAGUAUUCAAAUACGUUCGUCUCCAGUACAUCAUCAACGAUCUUGCAUCUGCACGCAUCCUUGAGAGAGAUAAUAUUUUGCCCCCUGAUUGGCUAACGUCGGUGUAUAAAAACCAGUGGUUUGCCAUGCUCCGAACAGAAUUUGACAAUGACAAUGGUCCCCAGGAAGCUAACAAAGAGGAGUUUGAGCUGAGCAGUAUGAGGUGUGGAAGGAAGCUGACAAAAGAUGGAGAUUACUGCUGGCGGUGGACGGGCUUUAACUUUGGUUUUGACCUGUUGGUGACCUACACAAAUCGCUUCAUAGUCUUCAAAAGGAAUACUCUGAGUCAACCAUGUGGGGGCGCUGUGAGUCUGCAACCUCGGAGGCAUUUGGCAUACAGGUUACGUCUUGCCUCCUUUGAUAGCCGUGGAAAGUUGGUCUGCAGUCGCUCAACAGGUUACCAGCUUCUCACCCUUGAGAAGGACCAGGAGUAUGUGGUGAUGAACCUGGACAGCCGCUUGUUAUCAUUCCCCCUCUACGUGUGCUGUAACUUCCUGUAUACAUCACCCCAGUCGGACAACUGUCCAGAUUCCUCAGAACAAGAAAGCACUGCUCGCAGUGUGUCUUGAUGCCUGUCCAACUGCUACCAUUCCUCUGGUGACGCUGACACAAACUUGUAUGUACAAUCCACUGCCAUAUUUAACUCCAUUUCCACAUUGGACAUCGUCUGCAUGCUCUAUAAGUCAGUGAGGUGUGAUGGGAAAAUGUUUUGUAUCUAUGUAUUCAGUGUUUUUUGACACAUUCUGGGUUAUCUAUACAUGGAGAUUACAGCGUGACAGAGACACAUCACAGUGGCCAGGAAGGACUAGGCCACCCUUUGCCUUCAUCACCUUCACUUCUCCUUGGAUCUCUGAUAUUAUCAGUCAGCACUGAGAUGUUGGGCCAUUCAUCAAGAUGGAAAAGCUCCAGUUCUUGUGAGAUGGUGGAAAUCUGCUUGAGACUCUGCACAGAAUUUUAAAUAAUGGCUACAGGAUGUUUAGACCAUGAAAGCAUUUAACCUUACACUUGUGUUAAUGAAACCACUUUGUAAUUAGUUUCAGUGUGUAUGGGAGCAUUAUCAUCCUGGAAUAUGAGAACAUCAUGAGGGAACAGCACCAGAGGGUGAAACUGAACCUUUGAAAAGCCUCAUCACACUUCAGAGCAAACCUCAGACCCAGUGACGUCCAUGGGAUUGACUGGAAUACAGGUCCACUGAAACUGAAAUUGUUGGUGAAUGUCAUCCUUUGGAUGAAAGAAGAUGAAAGAAAACUCAACAGAUCAUCAUAAUUUGUCCAUCGCUUAGAGGUCAGUUGUCACAGAAAACCUGAAAACUGCAUCAGUUAAAAGAUAAAAAGAUUAUGAUCAUCUGUGUCAGAGGAACCAUUGUCAUACUGACUUGUAUGGGAAGUUUCAAGUCUUGUUCCUCUGACAAUGUGUAUAUUCUCUGUAGGGUGUGGACAGAGGUGUGGUCCUUCAUUCUGGCACUUCAGACAUCAUCUGCUGCUUGUGCUGACUUGAAUUGUUCGCUCAGUGCAGCAAGCAAACAAAAUACUACAUAUACCAACAGUAUUGUAAACAAUCUACUAAAUAAAUAUGACAUGGCUCGUUGUGGCAGAACCCAAAAGGAAAAGGUACUUUACAGUCUCUGCCAAGGUUAAUCAAACCUGCUGCUGUUUGAUAAACAACUAACAGAGAUUGACUGUCAUACCUGCAGCUUCAUAUGUUACCCACAUGCAAUUUAAGCAUCUUUCUCUGCCUUUGCUGCAACAUAAAAAGUUGCACGCCUGCAGGGUUGAAUGGAGUACAGCCAAUGACUACACCCAACAGGUAUAUAACUGAUUGAAAGCAGGAUUUUAAGUUUUCAUGCUUUAACUCUGAUGGGUCCAUGGGUUAAUCUCACUUUGGUAGCUUAGUCUUACAUUGGGCUUGUCUACAUGCUGUUCCAGAGCAACUUCUGUUAAGACUUUAAGUUUGGAACAUCCUCUGCCUCCUCAGUAAACUGGAGAAAAUGUACCUGAUUUACUUUUUGAAAUAUUAAUCAAAAUUUAAUUUAUAAAACUUUAUAUGAACAAAAAAUAGCAUUCAAAUAAUACCUGUAAACUAGUGGAGCUCAAAUAAUCAUGUUGUUAGAUACCUCUGAGUGAACCAGCAUCAUGAGGUCAAAAAGCCAGAUUUUUAACUCAGUAAUUUUUCUUUGAUACAUGAGGCUCCAGGAGUCUUAAUGCUUUUGCCUCAUUUACACAGUUUACAGUCAGAAUAUUUGUCACUGACACCAGCUCUCUGAUGUUCACAGCGCACUGCUGAAACUCACAGAAAUGUUCACUUAAGACUUUCUGCAGUAUUUACCAGCUACACUGUCAGAUGUCCGUUUACUGGUGUUAAGCUGAGUCCCCUCUUCUUCUUUUACAGUGCAGUCGACUCAUUUCAUCAUAUCACCUUUGUAUUGUGUUGUAUAGGCACCUGUGAGCAGACCUUUUAGACUGCUCUCUUCACCCUAUUAAGUACCUUUGCAGUUAUGUUGUUGUACCUUUUUUAACUAGGUCACUGUUUGUUUGGCAAAUUUGGAAAUUUGUUACCUCAUGUUGUUUUGAAAACUUAUAAAUGUGGGGACAUUUUCUGACUUGGAAAGCAGACAUGUACUGCUUGUAUGUCCUAGUCAGCAUGACCCGCCUGUAUAGUUUCAACUGUAACAGUCAUCAAGUUAAACGUUAAAGGUGUUUUUAUUUGGCAUUUAUUUAUUUUUUACUUCAUUUGUAUUUGUAUGGAUUUAUUUUUGCAAAGGAAAAAUAUGUACACAAUUCUCAACUGCCAAUUAAACUGCCCAUUCACAUGGGCUGUGGUGCUAUCA